GCAGAACUGAGUUCCACCCUGAUGGAGAAGAUGCAGGCCCAGGAGAUGAUGAGCGGCCUGAGGAUACCGGAGAUGGACGAUCUCGGACAGUUCUUCCGCUCCCUGCCCACCUCCACUUUGGUGGGCAUCGGCGCCCUGACCGCCGUAUUGGCUUACUGGUUUGCCACCAGACCUCGCCCCAUCAAGCCACCCUGCAGCCUGCUGCACCAAUCCGAGGAAGUGCCGCAUGAAGGUGGAGGUCGGAGAUCCAUGAUGGGUGACCCAUCCAGAUUGCUGACUCAUUACCACGACGAUGCCAGGACCAUGUAUGAGGUUUUCCAAAGAGGCCUCCAUAUAUCUGGAGAUGGACCCUGCUUAGGCUCUCGGCUCCCUAACCAGCCUUACAAAUGGAUGUCCUACAAAGAGGUGUCGGCCCGGGCAGAACAUCUGGGAUCAGGACUUUUGCACCAGGGAUGCCAGCCAAACCCCAACCAGUUCAUUGGAGUGUUUGCUCAGAACAGGCCGGAGUGGAUCAUUUCAGAGUUAGCGUGCUACACCUACUCCAUGGUGGUGGUUCCUCUUUAUGACACCCUUGGCGCAGAUGCUAUACGGUUCAUCAUUAACACUGCUGACAUCUCCACAGUAAUCUGUGACAAAUUAGAGAAAGCUCAGGUGCUUUUGGAAAAUGUGGAGCGGAAGGAGACUCCCAGGCUGCGAAGAAUCAUCCUGAUGGAUGCCUUUGGAUGUGAUCUUGUGGAGCGCAGCAAAACCUGUGGCGUCCACUUGCAUGCCAUUCAGGACGUCGAGGCACUGGGAAGAGAGCACCACAAAAAACCAAUACCUCCUGCACCAGACGACCUGUCUAUUGUGUGCUUCACCAGUGGAACGACAGGAAACCCAAAGGGAGUCAUGCUCUCUCAUGGAAACGUAGUGGCAGAUUUUGCAGGAUUCCUCAAAGUGACAGACAAAGUCAUUUUUCCAAACCAAGACGACUGCCUCAUCUCCUUCCUGCCGCUGGCUCACAUGUUUGAGAGGCUAAUUGAGUCUGUGGUGAUCUGCCAUGGAGGACGAAUCGGCUUCUAUCAGGGCGACAUCCGCCUCCUAUCAGACGACAUGAAGGUUCUGCAGCCGACCAUUUUCCCGGUGGUGCCUCGACUGCUCAACCGCAUGUACGACAAGAUUUUCAACCAGGCGAACACCCCGUUGAAGCGCUGGUUGCUCAACUUUGCUGCCAAGAGAAAAGGUGCUGAAGUCAGCAGUGGAAUCAUUCGCAGCGACAGCAUCUGGGAUAAAAUCUUUUUCAGUAAGAUUCAGGCCAGCCUGGGAGGCAGGCUGAGGAUGAUCAUUACAGGGGCAGCUCCUACCUCACCUACGGUCCUGGGUUUUCUCAGAGCAGCUCUGGGUUGCCAGGUGUACGAAGCAUAUGGCCAAACAGAGUGCACCGCAGGCUGCACCUACACCACACCUGGAGACUGGACCUCAGGUCACGUUGGGGCUCCACUUCCAUGUAACCUCAUCAAGCUGGUGGAUGUUCCUGAGAAAAACUACUUUGCAUCUAAGGGCGAAGGAGAGGUUUGUGUGAAAGGACCAAACGUGUUUAAGGGCUACCUCAAAGACCCGGAAAGAACAGCCGAGACUCUGGACACAGACGGCUGGCUCCACACUGGAGAUAUCGGCAAAUGGCUACCGAAUGGCACGUUGAAGAUUAUUGACAGGAAGAAGCACAUCUUCAAGUUGGCGCAGGGCGAGUACAUCUCCCCAGAGAAGAUCGAGAACAUCUACAUCAGGAGCGAACCUGUGGCUCAGCUCUACGUUCAUGGAGAUAGUCUGCAGUCAUGUUUGGUAGGAAUUGUGGUCCCUGACCCUGAAGUAAUGCCUCAAUGGGCCAAGAAGAGAGGCAUCCUGGGUACCUACAAGGACCUGUGUAAAAACACAGAAUUAAAGAAAGCAAUCCUUGAAGAUCUGGUGCGUCUGGGCAAAGCCAGUGGCCUUCUAUCUUUUGAGCAGGUGAAGAACAUCUAUGUCCACAAUGAGAUGUUCUCCAUUGAGAACGGCCUCCUGACUCCGACGCUAAAGGCCAAGAGACCAGAGCUGAAGGAAUUCUUCAAGGCGAAGAUCGACGAGCUCUACAGCAACAUCUGCAUGUGAAUGUGCAGCAGACCUCUGUUUUUUUUUAUUUGAGCAUUCUGACACAAAAGAUCAGCUUUGAGCAGUGACAUGCAGCGUGACAAAAAUGUGUCUCAUGAGCCUGAAAAAGCUUUGAGAACAAAAACCAAAAGUGUCCCAACAGUGGGAGAUUUAAAAUGGCUAUAAAGAGACAAAUGAAAGAGAAAAAUAAGUGACACAAGACAAUACACAAUGUCAUGCAUAUUUAUGUCUUAUUAGGGCAUUUACUGGCAAAAAAUAUUCAGAUUAUAUAA